AUGAAGGAUCCGAUCAAGUCCUUCGAUGUGUUUGAUUUCAAAGAGGAAGAUGAGCUUCCUGUGAAUUAUAUUGCCCCUAAUUUAGGGUAUCCUCAUGCUUUCGAUGUUUCCAGAAACGAGAGUAAGUUGAAGGAGAAUGAUAUUGCCAUUUGUGGGGGCGCCAAUGUUGAUUUUGGCAACAAUCGUGAUGGUGCUGAUUCAUUUGCACCUUUUCAGACUGAUGAUUUUGCCAAGGAGACGCCUGAAUUGAACCAUGUUCUGCACAGUAGUUUUGAGUUCCACAAUCAAGCAAAAGUCUGCAGCGUCUUUGCUAGUGUGGGAUGUGGUUCAACCCUUGGUGCUGCUGUGCAGUUGAAGGAUAACUUAAAUGUUGCCAUUCCCGAAUCUUUUGACAGAUCAAUUCAGUUGGCUUCAGAUGCUGAUGAAAACUUGAUUGAGAGAUCUCCAUCUGCUUUUGCGAACAAUUUUGGUUUGAUUUGCCAAAUCUUAUUUCAAAGCGAAAGAGAUGGAAUUGUUUUCUUCCCCGAUUAUGUAGACUAUUGCGGCACACAUUAUCUGGACUCGGUGGUGAGCUUUUCUCAAAGAUUUGUUGAAGCUAGAAGUAAAUCCGCGUGCAGAAACGAAAGAAUAUUUCAAAUUCGUUUGGAAAUCGAGGAUAUUGUCAAAAUAGAGUCACAAUGGAGUGCUCGGUCCGAGGCAGGCACCAUAAGUAUCUAUUCUAUCUCAAAAGAUGGAGUGCAAGGCGACUUAAUUCACAAUGCUUCAGGUCUUCAGGAGUUGAAAUUUCCUGCUGUUGACUCGGAAUGGUAUCAGAAACAGGAUGCAAUUGGAUCUCUGGACGUGAGAUAUAAGGCGCUGUGGAAUGUCCUGCUUGACACUGGAAUGGAAAAGAUUUCACCAUUGCCUGAAGGAAAAGAGAUGAGGCGAAUGAGAAGCUAUUUUCCCAAAUUUGAUCAGCCUUUUGAAGAGGUGAUUUAUCCAAAAGGGGAUCCUGAUGCUGUUUCGAUUAGUAAAAGAGAUGUUGAUCUCCUACUGCCCGACACAUUCGUCAAUGAUACUAUCAUUGACUUUUACAUUAAAUAUUUGAAGAGUAGGCAAAAUGAGGAGGCUAGGUCUAGAUUCCAUUUUUUCAAUAGCUUCUUUUUUCGAAAGCUGGCUGACAUGGAUAAAGAUCCAUCCAGUGCUUUUGAUGGCAAGGCAGCUUUCCAGCGUGUUCGCAAAUGGACAAGAAAAAUAAAUUUACUUGAAAAAGACUUCAUAUUUAUUCCUGUCAACUACAAUUACCACUGGAGUCUUAUAGUAAUUUGUUACUUUGGUGAAGUUUCCAGCUAUGAAGGUAUCGAAAAUGGCAAGACAUUAAGAGUGCCUUGCAUAUUGCAUAUGGAUUCUCUCAGAGGAACUCAUGCAGGCCUCAAAGAUCUUUUACAAAGUUAUUUAUGGGAGGAAUGGAAAGAAAGACAAAAAGAAACAUCUGAAGAUCUGUGUUCAAGUUUCAGAAACCUUAAGUUUUUGCCCCUCGAGCUGCCACAGCAGCCAAACUCAUAUGAUUGUGGCCUUUUCUUGCUUCACUACGUUGAGCUUUUCCUGGAGGAAGUUCCUGAUAAUUUUAGUGUUUACAAGAUCACGCCAUCCUCGAAGUUUCUACAAGCUGAUUGGUUUCCUCCUGGUGAAGCUUCCAUGAAACGAACACAUAUUGAGAGGUUGAUUAAUGAUCUUCUUGACACUCAAUCUGAAGAUUGUCCUGGAGGGAGUGGAAUGCAUGGUUCUCCUGAGUUGAAUGCUACUCUUGGCCAUGCCAAUGGAGUUGAGUUUUCUGUAAAAUCCAGUCUGAGUACUCAAAUUGAGAGCUCACUACUACCACUCGACCCGGCAAUUGAGAUGACUUUAUUACCAGCUUCUUCUACAAGGGGUACACAGUGUAACAGAGCUUCUGGAGUGGUUUUAAAGUUGUUUAAGCAAGCUUCUGAUGCACCUUGGGGAGCUUUGGAGAGCGGACAAUCUCUUCACGAGUUUAACAGGACUGAUCCUUUGACAGAGGAAGCUAACGAGUGUCUCGCACAACAAGAAUUAGAAGAACCCGUCUUCCAAUCCGUGGAUGAUGUAACCAUAAACGAACCCGUCUUUUCUUACUCGUCUGAAGAUUUUAGAUUGAACUCAUUUCGGGAACCGGUACACAACAAUGUCUGCAUGUCUCCAGUGACAUCAGGUUCUGAAUCCGAUGAUAUAUUAGAAGUAGAAGUUGAUAACAAAAAUUGGUCAUCAGUCAUGGUGCUUGGCCAAUACAGCGAAAUAGAUAGCCAUAACAGAUGCUCAUCGCCUGACAAAAUCGAGCAGUCCACCAUUUGCUCUGAGCUUUCCUUAGGGGAUCAGCUUGAUUCUGAAAAAAAUGCCGAGAUAAACGACUCAAAUGGCGAUGAAUCAAUUCUCCUGAAGGAGUGUUGUCCCGAAGCAAAGCAGAUGCAUGAUGAGGGCCCAUCUCACGAGAGCUUGCCCGUGGACCCUAGUUUGGCUUCUGGUAACAAGUUGGAUGUCUUGGAGGGUGUUAUCCCUUGUGAUGAGGAGCACCCACAUAGAUUGGGUCACGAUGUGCUCGAAUUUGGUGAUGGGGAACGUACUCCCAAAAAGAUGAGGAUUGCAAGGCCGGACGAUGAUGCUAACAAUUAUUUGUCUGAUAAUCUGCAUUUGUGA